AUGGCCGAUGCAACUUUCCACCUUUGGAUGAGAGAAUGUCCUACACCAGGAGACUCUCAUGGCCGGUGCUUCUUUGAAGUGGUGGCAGCGCUGUUGCUCGUCGAGACCAUUCUCGUGGUCAAUGCAACAGUGUUGCGCUUGAGAGCGCGUGUGUCUGACCUUGCCUCGGGUACUCACUGGGGCAUGGUGCAUGAGUUGAAGACUAGCCCGCAGAGUCGGCUUCGAGCAGCAUGGCUCGUGAAGCAGCUGGGCACCGAGGACUGUGUUGCGAAGCACGUGGUCGCUUGCUCCACUGCGCUGGACAAGACCAAGGCCUUCGGAAUCGACUCCAACAACGUCUUCGGCUUUUGGGACUGGGUCGGUGGCCGAUUCUCAGUGUGGAGUGCCGUGGGAGUGCUCGCAUUGUCCCUCCAGUACGGAUUCGAUGUGGUGAAUCAGUUCUUGGAGGGCGGGCACGCCAUGGACCAGCACUUCCAGCAGGCUCCGGCCAAGGAGAACAUGCCAUUGAUUCUGGGAUUGCUGGAUGUCUGGAACGGCAGCCUUCUGGGCUACGAAGGCGUUGCAAUCCUUCCCUACUGUCAGGCCUUGCUGCGCUUUGUCCCUCACAUCCAGCAGUUGGAUAUGGAGAGUACAUCAACGACCUCUGGACUUAUGGUGACGGAGGGUCCCAACCCAAACCGCACCGUCUCCUUUGAGACACCCAAACCCAGCGGGCCCAGCAAUGGCAAGGGAGUGCAGAUGGCCCGUCAGCAUUCCUUCUACCAGCUGCUGCACCAGGGCCGUGUGGUCCCCUCGCACUUCAUUGGUUUUGCUGCCUCUCAGCACCCUGCCACUCGGCUGAAGCCCAGGUGGAGCUUCCGGGGGGAGGCGGUGGCCAAUCAUGAUGAGCUCAUGUCCAACUUCUUUGCACAGCCAGAUGCUUUGGCCCUGGGCAAGACUGCCGAUGAGUUGAAGGUCAUUGCUACUUCCAGUUUGCAACGCACACUGGAGUCUCGGCGGGAGAAGGAGAAUUCCCAGUCGGUUGAUGCAAUCUAUGGAGCAUUGUGUUUGGGUGUGAGCCAUGAGUACGGCAAAUACUGUUUGUGGGGUGUGGAGCUUGGCAAGGUCUUGGCCAAGGAGGCGCGAGUUCCACCCAAAUGUAUGUUUGAAGCGAUAUGCAAGGGAAUGCUGGGCCCCACCAAGUUCAACAACACUCUGUUGCUUAAGUCCAAGUCGAACAGCAUGGGAGAUCGAGCUAACGCCGCUGGCACAGCUUCCCGCCAACGCCAGCGGGAGCGCCGAUGCUGCACCGCCGUGGAACCCGUGAUCGAUGGGCGUUCAGGAUCCCAUGGUUUUAUGGGCAUUCGCAUGGUUGAAGAAGAGUUUGCUGGUGCAGCGGGCGGAAUGAUGGGCGCGGGCCGGCUGCUGCAGCUGGUGAGCGAUCACGAGCUGCAGUUGAACUCAUUGAGAGAAGGAUUUGAGGAGUUGAAGCAGGAGAAAAUCGAUCGCACCGGCCUUGUGGGCAGCUGCUGCGACGAGACCUUAGCCCUGCGCCGAAGCCUGACAGCCCUGGCUGGCUCCGGUGCGGCCAAGACUCCGAGCGCAGCGCAGGAAGUGGCGAAGUGUGGCUCCAAGACAGGCUGCACCACUCGCAACACACCAAAGGCCGCUCCGCCCGCAGCCACGGCCGCUCCCACGACCGCGAGAGCUCCGACGGCGUCCGCCAAGACAGACGUGUCGCGGCGGCCCAGCCUCUGCAGCACCUCCUCCGGUGGCUCCGACGUGACCGGCUGCACGAGCGGCUGCGCGAGCAGCUGCACAAGCGGCUGCAGCACGGCCAGCAGGCGCGCCAACAGCAAUGUGAGUGCGAAGGCGAAGGUUGCAAAGUUCACCAAGCCCAAAGACGAUGCUUCACAUGCGAGUCAAAGCCCCACUCGCCCAGCCAGUGCCACACCCUCCACACCACGUCGCAUGGGUGCCACCGGCCCCACGGGCCGCGCCGUGAGCUCGUCGCACACCAGCAAAGAGAAGCGUGCCUUAGCACUGGGCGCCUUGUCUCGUUGUCUCAGAGAGGGCGCCUCUCCCCACCGCUGGGAUGGCCCUGAGACACCCCUGAGGGCGGCCGUCGGCGCACAGAGCAGCGAGAUGGCGCGGCUGCUGAUUCACGCCAGGGCCGACCCCAACGAGAAAGAUGCCAAAGGUGUUUGUGCGAACGCUGCAGAUCAGCAUGGGCAGACGGCCUUCUUUUUCGCGCCCAGCAGUUCAGUUUGUGACAUCCUUUUGGAGCACAAGGCGGCUGUAAAAACUAUGGUGAAAGAAAGGUCACCGCUCCAUUUGGCCAGCCGCGCGGGCCUCUCGGAGGUUCUCAUGUGGUUUGCGCCGCGGAUCAGCCGGGAGAUUGUGGACUUGCGGGACAUUCACGGGGCCACUGCAGCCUAUUAUGCACGGCAUGCUGGUGUCAGCGCGGACUUUUUGACAAAGCACAAGCUGAGCACCAUUGAUGCCGCAAGAACUGCACGCGCAAAACCAUUUGGCCUCCAUUCUUGUCAUCAGGCGCAGAGGGGCACGCUUGGAGGAGGACAAGGGUCGACCCCGUUGGGAAUCAGCACGUCCUCCCCUACCUCCACUACUCGAGGUGCAGGACGGUAUGGGAAUCAAAAAUGA